AUGCUUACAAACGAGAAGAAGGAUGCUCUGGAUGUUAUUGCCCAUGCCAAUUCUCCAAGCACAAACCAUGGAGACCUCCGUAGGGCUUUUCGACUAGUCCAAGACUUGUUCAGCUCUUCUCCCAAUGAUAAUGAGCAUCCUCGCGAUCAAGCUCACGGCCUCGCAGGCUUUCAAGAAGAGGAUGUGGAUUCCGAUGAAUCUGGAUCAGGCUCAUCUACAGGCUCGUCUACACGAAGGCUAUUGUUCCAGGACAGAAUCAGAGACAAUCAGGCUGGCAAUAGAGCUGAUGUAUCUCCGAGAAAUGAGAAGAAAACUGAUUCUGUAUUAGAUCAACCCAUCGUCAUGAGGCCUAGGCCCCUCAUGCAGCCGCCCAGAAUGAUUCAGAAUUUAUGGCCAUGGUCUAUGCAAAGUCGUGAUGCACCACUGAUCGGUGCUGACCCAAGUAGAGACGCUGCGCAUGGGAGGCCUGUACCCUAUCGACCGCGAGUGGAGCAAGCCACACGAGGUCACCCCAAAUCUGUGGCUAGCACAAGCAAUAGCAUUGGGACCACGAAUACUUUGAAUCCUCAACCAAGACAAUCCGGACCAACCGAGCCGUCGUAUCUCAACCCGCUCAACAGUCAGGGACCUCGCAGCGUCCACGGACAAUCCAGUGAAACCAAUGAUGCUGGAACACAUGGACCGCUAGACAAUGCAGCGCUUGCUGGAACUGCGUUACGUCUAGCUGAAGGUUUUGAAUUUCAGCGGCAAGUGCAAGCACAGCAACAAGGCGGAGCACUGCCAUAUCAGGAACCUCAGACACAUUCGGUCUACGGAGGGAUUGCGAAUCCGGCGCCCUCAUUACGCCAUGACCUGCAGGGAUCUAGUGGCGGACAAAGAAGAACGAAUCAACGCAGUCAAGACUCGCGCAAACGAUCUGCAAGGGAGUUGAACGACGGUAGCUCAUCCCCUCUUGUACCUCACCGCAGACCCUGCAAGACAAUUCGCAGUCAGUCAAGCCUUGAUCAGUCCGAGGACAUGCAGUUUGAGUGGGAUACAGACUCUGCGAGACAGCCCCAACAGACAGCGUCCACUAUGCAACCUGUCCAGAUGGCGCCUACAGCGAUACCAGGGACGCAUUCUGGAGUACUCGGAGCCGAGAUUCACUCCAUGGAUUGGAGAUCUCGACAUAUCUUGGAGAGCCGCCAGUAUGCUUUGAUGGCGUCAGCCAAUACACAGCAGCAAUUGCCAGGGUACCCUUAUAUCAACUACAUGCAACCUCACCUAGGAUACUUCCCAACUGUGAGUCCUGAUCAGAGAGCGACUUCAUUCUCACAUUUGCCGGUGCUCCGACCUGCCCCUUAUACAAGUCAGCCACAGGGACAACCGUGGUACCUUGCCCACCAACCGCCCACUCAAGGAUUAAACGGCUUUCAAGCGCCGAGCCCUGGCAGUCAGGUUAUGGGAGAGAUCACACACGGAUUUGGUCAGAUGCGUCUGGAAAGCACAUCUUUGCAGCAUAACCAGGAAAAUAUUCCACCCCGGCCUCAGCCGACAGUUGUCGGAUUAGACGUGGGGGAGGCCAGAGACGGGGUCGGGGUCAGGGACAUGGUCAAGGACGUGGUCGUGGACGAGGUCGUGGACGGGGCCGUGGGAACGGUGCAGCACCUGAAAGUCACGAUACGCGGGACGAAAAACUGGGAUAAGGUCAUGAAGCGAGAUUUUGAGGGGGCAUCAAGGAGGUUGGACACAUGA